AUGCAUGAAUAUCACUUUAUCGGUGAAACAGUUAAGAGCAGCAAAACUUGUCAUAAGCAGAAGCUUGUAGGCAAGCUUCCAGCCAGUAUUUCAAAAUGCAUGGAGGUCAUCAGCUUUCCAGGAAUCUAUAAGACAAUUAGCAAACCUCCCUAUGAACUCCUGAAGACGGAUGACUUGUCAAGCAGCCUUCCAUCUCUGAAAGAUAUCCAGACUGUGUACACAAGAUUUAAGCAGCUGUUUUUGAUAGAUAAUAAUACAGACUUCUGGGCAACUGAUGUGAAAUGGUUUUCAUUAUUGGAGAGCACAAACUGGCUAGAGAUAAUCAGGCAAGUCUUGAAGAAAGCAAUAGAAGUUGCUGAGUGUCUGGAAAGACAGCAUACAAACGUUCUCCUUAUAGAAGAGAGUACUACUGAUCUGUGCUGUUUCUUAAAUGUGACCUGUUUGUUUUGGCAGACUGGUGAAAGCCUCAAGACACAAAGCGGUCCUUUCAGAUUUCUUACUGUGUGGGACUGGUCUGUGCAGUUUGACCCCAAGGCCCAGGAUUUCCUGAACAACCCUCUUUAUGCAGAGAAGCCAAAACCAGAUAAAAGUCAAUGGAAAACUGCACGAUUGAAACAUCAACGGCAACUUUCUUUGCCAUUGACACAAACAAAAUCUUCCCCGAAGAGAGGAUUUUUCAGGGAGGAAACAGAUCAUUUAAUUAAAAACGUUCUGGGUAAAAGAAUUGGUAAGUUUAUAAAUUCUUCAGAUGAACCUCCUAAUAGCUUCAGGGAAUUUUAUGAUAGCUGGCAUAGUAAACCUGUUGACUAUCACAGUCUUCUGUUACCUCGCAUUGAUGGCCCUGAAAUCAAAGUCUGGGCACAACGGUAUUUACAAUGGAUUCCUGAGGCCCAGCUUCAUGGUGGUGGUACAAUAGCCACAGCUGCCAAGAUUUCAGACUUGAUGGAGGAAGUGCAAAGCUUGCAGGUGAAAAUGAAUGAAGAACAUAGUCAAGCUAUUUCCGGAGAUGUACAUGCUGUUCCAAUGCUGAGAAAUUCUGCCUGUUUGUCAUCCUUGUUUCCAUUUGCUUUACUUAAGAGACAGUCUAUCAAACCAGCUUUACCCACUAGCACCUGGAAAGACUUGGAAGAUGAAGAUGACUUGGUCAAGAGGGAUGAUGAAUUUGUUGAUCUAAGUGGUGAUAUGUCAUAAAGUGUAUAUAAAUUAAAGUAUGAAUUGU